UAGUAAACUUUUUCGCCAGUUAACCUACCAUUUUGUAACAACAAUAAACACGAAUGCGCACAAGGAUCAGUUCAAUUGUGCAAUGCUAUGUAGCAACUAAAAGUCGGUCGACCAAACAGAGAAUAGAGCAACAGCCGCAGGUAGCGGGGCGUCCCCCACCCCCCACCUGUGCUCGUCGCUGCGCAACCGCCGUCAGUCGGGACGGACGAGCGGAAGAUGAGACAGUUACUAUUUACGGGCUUCAAUGCAUUUGGGCAACACAAUAGCAACAACACUGGCCGCACAUCCGGUCGGGUAACUGCCUUAACCGAAAUACAUGUUCCGGGCAAUGAAAAUGACAACUUAAUAAUUGCACUCAGUUGGCGUUAUACAGCCUAUGCUGUGGGGAAUAAGAUAUGGCUGAUUGGACUGCUCGAGUCGACGCCGGGGGAAUGUCUGGAACUGGAGGCUCCCAUGGCUAUAAAGGCUUUAGCCGCCUGUGAUUUGCAUUGUUUGGUGCUACUGCAAAAUGGAGAUCUGUUCAAGCUGCCAGUUAAGUUGAAUGCCAAACUACAGCAGAUCAGACUGGAAACACCUGCAACUCCUGCUGCCACAGCUACCAAGCGGACUAUAUUUGGCACAGCCAAAGCACCUAAUGAAGCUUCUAGUGCUAUCACUCACAUUGCCUGCGGCUCAUACAUUAAUGUGGCCUUUAGUGCCGGGAAUACCGUCUAUAGUAUACCCAGCUGUCUGCAUCAGUUUCCCCGGCUCCAAUGGAGGCUGCAACAGUUGGUUUGCGGCCAGGAGCAUGCGCUAUUGCUCAACGGCAAUGGAGACGUCUACACCUGGGGCAAUGGGCUCCGCGGGCAAUUGGGUCAGGCGACACUUGGCGUGGAGGAAUCGCCGCAACUGGUGGAGGCGCUGGCCGGCAUUAAAAUAACUCACAUUGCCGCUGGUGGCUGGCACAGUGCGGCAAUCUCCGCAUUUGGAGAUCUCUACACUUGGGGUCUUAAUUCCAAUGGGCAACUGGGUAUGCGUGUCAUGAAACCCGCUGGUUUGCUUAAGGAGCCUACGGUUUACCCCCUACCCCAACUACAUGAUUUGCCUGCAUGUUGUGGACCUGACGAUGAUGCUGAUCUCUGCGCGCCUGUUCAAGUAUUUGCUGGUUCACGUCAUACAUUGCUUUUACGUCGCUGUGGACGGCUCUGGGCCUCCGGCUGGUGCACGCACGGACAGCUGGGCAAUCAGUUGCAUAAACAGGCGUAUUUGGAUGCCCUUCAAGCAAUAUACGAUGGGUGCAACGACAGUGAGUAUAGUGUUACCUGUGGCCCUUGGUCCACUUUAAUUACGGUGUUCAAAUAAAUGUUAUCUAUAAACAAUUUUUAUACU